AUGAACUGUAACAGCAUGCACGCCAAGCCACAGUACCACCCUCACAAGCCGGCCAAUACGGUGUACCGCAGAGCCAUUCUCAAGGCGAUUGAAGACCUCAAUGAUUGUCAGCUGAGAUCCAACGUCGACUCGAUCCGCAAGCAUGUCAUGAGCGCGACGCAAGAGACGGAUCAUGCCUGGAACGAAGUCAUCUUUUUAAAGACACUCAAGUCGCUUCAAGAGGGAGAAAUCGAACAGAGCACCAAUACGUGUGCUCUUUCGCCCGAAUACAAACGACGACGAUCCAACAGUCUCACGGCGUAUACGGAACAGCAGCAGCAAUAUCAUCAACAACAGUUGCCACCCAUGUCGGUGUUUGUGCCAAACAUUGCCAACCUGGAUUCCGCGCAGGCGCAGCAGCCUGGCAAGAGAAAAGUAGAAUACGACAACUACCAACCAGCGCUCAUGAGUCAAAGAAGCUAG